AUGAGAAUCUUUGCAAUUUCAGUUUUAGCAGCAUUUUGCACACUUGAAGUAUUCGCAGCCCCUUCCUCCCACGGACCAGGCACACAAAGCUCUGGGCUCCUCGUCGAAACAUCGUCUGGCCCUAUUCAUGGCUUCGUCAAUCGCACCGCGCCUAAUGUUCGCCAAUUCCUAGGUGUCCCAUUCGCUGAGCCACCGAUCAACAAUCUUCGAUUUGCUAAACCAGAGAAAAAGAAGCCAAAUGGCGCUGUCAAAGCGUUCAAGCUUCCUAACUCUUGCAUGCAACAAUUCAAUACUAAUAGCUCCACUAUCUACACCACAUAUGAGAAGGGCUUCUUGAUCAGUGGCGGUAAUUCUGAGGACUGUCUUUAUCUCUCCAUAUGGGCACCCAGACUUGAGCAUAUCCAGUCACAGCAGCGACCGUUGCCUGUCCUGCUCUACAUUCCAGGCGGAGGCUUUACGAGCGGUGGUCAAGCUUCACUGUACAAGAUUCCCGAUCAAUGGGUUCAGCGAACACAAUCUCAUAUAGUUGUCAUCAUGAACUACCGAGUGAAUGUCUUCGGCUUCCCAAAUGCAAAUGGUCUCGCUGACCAGAAUCUGGGGUUCUUGGAUCAAAGACUGGCUGUUGAGUGGGUACAUGAUAAUAUAGCAAACUUUGGCGGCGACCCGGACAGAAUCAUUUUGUGGGGCCAGUCUGCUGGUGCAGGAAGCGUCACUGUUUACCCAUACGGGUACCCCGAGAAUCCGAUCGUGGCAGGUCUCAUCGCAGACUCGGGCGGCCCUGGUAUUGUUGGGGGAAGUGAUUCAGCGCAGACAAACUUCACAUCUCUAGCGGGACUGGUCGGGUGUAAAAAUCUGGGACCUGCUGAUGUGAUCGCAUGUGUCAGGAAAGUGCCAGCUCAGGAUCUGGAGAAUGCAUUAUCCUGGUAUUCUGGCAAUAAUACGAGUCCCUCCAUCUCAUUCAAACCCGUCGUUGACGAUAAGACCGCGUUCACCAAUUGGACUCAGAGAGUGCUCGAGGGGAAAAUUGCUAAAAUUCCACUGAUAAUAGGUAGCAAUACUAACGAAGGAGCUGGCUUCGUCUCAUUUACUCCCAACGGACCUGGACAAGCAGCGCUAGACAAGGCGACAAAAAUCAUUAGCUGUCCUGUUGUUGCAGAAGUGAAGAACCGCAAUGCUGGGGGUCUCUCAACCUACCAAUAUCAGUACGCUGGUAACUUCUCUAAUGUUUCGCCUCUGCCUUGGUUUGGCGCCUAUCACAGUGCCGAGCUCCCGCUGCUGUUCGGUACCCACUCUGAAUAUGGAGGCCCUUCGACCAGCUUCGAGUGGAAUGUGAGCUACGCGAUGGAGGCUUUGUGGCUCAGCUUCGCCGAAGAUCCCUCUCGAGGGCCUGUGCGAGUUGCAAUUGGCGAUGGCGUUGCUGAAAAUCCCACGAAUACCAGCUUUUUCGCGUGGCCUCAGUUCCAGCAAGGCUCCUCUAAUAUGCUAUUAUUUGCCGAUCAGAACAAGGUCAUGCAGCUUGUUUCGUCGAAGAGUAUUGAUGAUGGCUGUGCCAGCUCAUGA